UCACAACUAUCACUAUGUGCGGGUCUUUAAAAAAAAACCAUCACUAUGACUAUUGACUUCAAUUAUUAUUUUUUCUAUGGACUAUUUUCUGCUAAUUUUUUGUCUUAUUCCUUUUGUCUGCAUAGCAUUGAGCAUUCUUAAAAGUUCAAUCCUAAUUUUAAAAGCUCACAUUUAUCUUAAUCCCAUGUAGAUAUUUUAUUAAACAAAAAUGUAUUUGUUGUUCCAAUUGAUUGGGCAACCGUUCCGAUUGAACAAAUGUAGGCAAUGCAAGUAAAUAAAGAAGCCUACGUUAAGUGAUAUCUCCGGCGACAGCGCCCACUAUAUCAUUAUGUGAUUAGUUCAAUUUGUGAAAUAAGAAGCUGGAGAAGAUGUCUGGGGAGGGCGAGCGGGCAUCGCGUCCUAAUUCUUUGCUACUUGAAGCCCCGGCACCUGAAAGGGAACCUCUGCAUUUUAAUGUAAAUCUAGUUGGAGCUCCUCCUGAGGUAGAACAGCUCGUUAAUAACAUAAAGCAAGUUGCAGAGGAUUUUCUGUAUCAUUGGAAAACAUUUCCUAUUGUUUUACCUCAAUCUCGAUUCACUGGGGCAGGAAAUCAUCCUUCAGACAUUAUAGUAGCACCACCAUGUGAUGAGAUAGAUGCAGCUGCCUUGGAUGCUGGGAUUGAGCCACAUCCCCUUUCACCAAAGCAGCUACAUUCAAUUAGAGAGAGAGGUGAGUUCGAAGUGCCGUCCCGACAUUUCCCUGGUCAGACGCACGUAUGGCGCGUAGCUGGAUGGUUGCAACGUGGCAGAAUCCGCGCGAGGGAAGAGCUCUAUCGCCACAUUGCGAGGGCUGUCGCGCUGAUCGUUGUGGUAGCUAGAGAUAGGCUUUUAAGGGAUGAAGCUAUCUCGGUCGUAGCUGGCGCGAAAGCCUUUCUUGAUGGGCUACACAGGCUUUUAGAUUUAGCGUUUGGUAUGCCUUCAUUAGAAGCCAGAGAUCUAGACAAGAAAAUACGUGAAGAGCGUUCGAGAUAUUUAGUCGCUGAACUUAUAUACAAGCCAGAAAACCGUGAAGAUGUUGCGGCCCUAGCAGCGUGGGUGACGCGUGCGAUGCGUCGUGCCGCGUCCGAAAAGAGCGACGCACGGGACGUACAUCGCGCCGCACCACGCGUUCCGCACAUUUAUACAACGCCGCAGCGGACACAAGUGGAUUUAAGACUGUACAGACGAGAACUACUACGCAAAGCCGCUGGUUCUCUACAAGCGAUAUUAGAGCGAGAAUCGCGGGGCUGGUUUCUUCACUUUCGCGAAAAGAAAGCGGCCCAUCUUGCGAGCCAAAAGGUGCCUAUUAAGGAUAUUGAAGAGGAAGUUUCAACGGCCGCGAUGCGCGAGUACGUAUCGCGCGUGUGCGCAGGCGUGAUGUCGUGUACGCAACUGGCGUCUCUGGGCCCGAAUGUGCCCGAACUGCUCGCCGAACAAUUGCGAGCGGCUGCCGCCAUCAAUAGGGCUCAAGAAGGAGUUCGCCGUAAAUUAGAAGCCGGUCUAGCAACAGCUGAGGCUCGACUACGUGCUUCCCAUCCAAUACUGUCCCGGGCGGACGCUUGGCGUAAAGAGAGAUUGGCCCUUGCUGCUCAGAGGUUGAAGGACGAAUUGAGAUGGACCGGUAUGGAGGAUGCGGCAGCAGCCAUGCAAGCCCAUAAAUUGCACCAACAUAGAUACUUUUUGCUUCGCGAUCUGACGUUUAUGAGGGAUCGGGAGCCUCUGCUUUUAAAGGAACUCCGGGCAGCGAAAACACCUACCCGCGAAUUUUCUUGGGCUACCCGUAUCUGGUUACCACGCAAUUGGGCUGUGAUACGUCACUUCCGAGGCCGAUCGGAAAGGAUACCGACAGUUAUCAGUAGCCGCGCUACUAAUAUUGUAACUCCACGAUCUGAUCCGUCCCAACCGGUGUUCCUCGCUGAUAGGGAAAAGGUCCGGUCUACGAGCACGAGGUGGCCGGGGUGGAGGCUGCUCAAUUUCGCCCACAGAACUUGGUGCUGGACCUGGAACAUAAUGUUCCUCUUCGGUGUAAUGAUUCCUUGGUGUUCGCCACUCUCGCUACGCACAUUGCUCUGUGUCAAACCGUUUGUGCCAGACUUGGAAUUAUCACAGGUUAACGGAACAUUGUUCCCGAAACGCAGCAGCGAGACACAGACGAUGUGGUCUCGUCUGCUGCAGCUGUGGCGACAUGUCUCCAAGGAACGGACCAGAUUCGAGACGGAGCCUGAUACGGGUCUCUUGGGCAAGGGUCUAUCCAGACAAGCGAACCGUGUAUGGAAUUAUGGUAUUGUGGGUGGUGUGGGCUCGCUCGCCUUACUUUUUCUGUUUCCGAUCGCAGCGUUGCUGGCAAGUCUGAUAGCGCUGGCAAUCGCAACGACUGUACCAUUUUGGAUGCCUUUUGCCGCGUUGACUGUUCACGCGGCGAAUGCCUUGAUAUAUGAGGUCGACUCGCCUGAUCCGCAUGGACUCAAUAGAUGGUUUGUCCUCCUGGAAGUGGUAUUAUGGCGUAUUGCGAUAUUGGGAUUGUUGCAGCCGGUUCUCGCCGUGAUGGUCGCCGUGCUGUUGUGCCCCAUUGCUGCCUUUAUACUGCUCAUUGGUGGGGUGGGAUGGUGGAGUAUCCGCGGAGUCUGGGAGCGGGCUUCCUGGCAUUGGGUCAUUGUUAGAGGGGCGCGGGUGCCCGCUCACGACUCUGCCUUUUGUACGCGCGUCGCUGGACCCGGAUUCCAUGCGCCUGCGUCUUAUCAGAUCACUGCCGCACAAGCCCUAGCGGCGGUAUGCGCACGCGCAGAAUGCGAACAACUAAACGCGUGGGGUUCGCAAUUGGAAGCCGCGGUUGAACGACCGUUGAGGGACUACCGUCAUUUCGUGGACGCCUGUUUUGGACCAUUUUCCGUUCAAAUUGCGAAGACAGGAGCCUACAAGCAGUUAGAGAAGGAAUGUAGCGAGCUGGUGGCUUCUGGUCGUGAGAAGUUGGCAGCUCGACGCCGGGAUCUCGCCCUUGGACUAAGUGACGCAGCGAGGGCGAGGGUCAGGAUGCCUGCGCAGGAGUUGAGGAAAGCGAUACACGCGUCAGCCCUUGAGUUGGCCCGUAUGUUUGGCCACGCGGCUCGUGCUGAAGAAUGGUGGACCGCGAGGGGACUGGAAUUAGGCGACUGGCACGCCUUGGCCGCUAAUACGCUCGUGGAGGUGUUCGAUGCCGAAAUCCUAGUUGCACUGGAAGAGGGUGAGGCGCGCCUGUCACUAGAUGCAGGUCCGGGCGUGAACACGUGGGCAGGGCGCUGUGCCAGAGACCACGCCCCGCCUGACGUUCUCGCUGAGAGAGACGAUUGGGGCAUUGCGCCUGGUAUGUGGGGAGAAUGGGGCGGGUCAGCUCUUCCGCGAGUGCCAGCGCCAUCAUUGGAAGCGAGUGCGUUUAGCCCCCGCGCCCCUCACUUGCCUCCAGUGCCACACCCUGCCACUGUAGCCCUAGUACUACAUAAUAGAGAGUCUGAUAACCCAGUACCAUUAGAGACAGAACUAUGUGUGGAAAUACUUCGCGGGCUAGAAGACGCACCCGACUGUGACGAUAAAAGAGAGGGUGUAGAAAGAUACCGCGGUGGUGGGAGCGAGGCUAGCAGCGACAGCAGUGGCUCCAUCUCGCCGGAUGAGGAACGGCUUCCGGACACGCCUGACUCUGCGCUUUGCAGAAUAUCUCCAAGCGCAGAGCGCGCGGCGUGUCGUUGGACAUUGACGGGUCGAGGUGUUCGCCUGAGGGCGGACUUGGCCAGUCCCGAAGACGUCACGUUGGACAUGGACCGACACGGCACGUCCGUCUGACACAUGUGACUUAUCUGAUUGAAAGUAAUUAGCGAAAUAUGACUAUCGUAAGUAGAAAUCGUUAAAUCGAAGUAUCGAAACUGUCAACUGAAAUUAAAUUGAAAUUGUUAAUUGUCAAUCUCAAUGCCAAUCAAAUCGAUAAACGACUACUAAAACUAUUGUCGACAAAAAACUACACAUUAAAAUAUACUUAAAGGAUAACUUCAAUUUUCUUGGCUCCAAUAACCCGUUUGUUCGUUCUUAUAUACGUUCGUUCGUUCGUUCUUAUAUACGUACGUUCGUUCGUUCUUAUAUACGUACGUUCGUUCGUUCUUAUAUACGUACGUUCGUUCGUUCUUAUAUACGUACGUUCGUUCGUUCUUAUAUACGUUCGUUCGUUCUAUCUUACACACGUUCGUUCGUUCUAUCUUACACACGUUCGUUCGUUGCUCUAGUAGCCGCUCCUCUGCCCUUCACAUAGAUCCAAUUUUCAUUCUUCCUUCACUCUCACCAUACCAUUGUGGAAUGCUCCGCCUGUAGCCGUUCAGACCUCGCAGUAAAUAUACGUUUAAGAAACAAUUCACCACAAACAACUUUACUACACUAUCUUUUUUACAUCUGUGGUGUCUGAAACUUCUUUUGUGAGUGAGAUUUACAUACUAUAAGUAAAUCACGUUGCAUAGCAACGACUAAUUGUUUGUUGACAAGAACAAAAUGACACUUGGCAUUUUUUUUUUAAAUAAUGAUCCACAGAUGUGUGGAUAAGGGUUCCAGCUUAAGGGAAUGACACACUUACUUAAAUAAUUAAGUAUGAACAUUUAAUGGAACCUGAUUGCGUUGUUGAUUCAUGAAAUGUGAAAAUUAUGUAAAUAAUUUAGAAGCUUAAAAUGGCUCAAUGUUAAAGAAUCUCGAUAUAACGUAAUAAAUUCUAAAAUUAGUAACGGCUUAAGCAUUUAUAGGUUAAGAUUCAAGAACGCUUUAAGCAGGAAUUGAUAGUGUUCGAUAUUUGAAUUUCUGACAUUGUAAACAGAUAAGAAUAUUUCAAUGACAGUGCAUAAUUUUUUCCAGAGCUAUAUAUCGUUUAAAUGUUUCUUUUUAUGUAUAAAACAUUCUCACGCAAAAUCUAGUUAACUGAAGUUAUAAAUAAUGUUAAAUUUUAUUUUAUUUUGAAUUAUCUGAAGUUAUUUUUACGAUAUCAGAAAUUCAAUUGCAAAUAUACCUCACAAGUGCACUUGAACAAUACAACGAGGUGCACGCUUACGAUUAGAUUUUAUCGGACCAUAUUUCAAUAAUUAUAAUUUUCGACUCCUAAUAUUAAUUGCUUUAUUAAUAUGGGUUAAAUAUAAUAUAACAAUAUAGAAAAUUAAAAAAAAAACAUCUCUAUUGAUUUUUAAUACAAUUUUAAUUUGUCCAUGGUCCCUUACUAGAUGUCGAUAUAAGCAUAAUCCUAAUUAUAAGGUUGUGUUGAGUUGAGUGUGAAUAAUUAGAUAUUUUAUUUAGUUAAGUUAAUGUAUGACGCAGCAAUUUUUUAUUUAUUAUGUGAGUGCACAAAGGGAAGACCAUUUAUAACAAUCAAAUCCAUUUUAGUGGUCAAUAUUUUGGUUUUGGCCUAAACAGAAAUUGACAUGAUAUUUAAAAUCAAUUAUAUUGAUAUUAAAGUUCUUUGAGCAUUUAUUCAUUGUAAGUUCCGAUUUGUAAUACAGUAGAAACAAAAUAUAUCAAAGAACUGGUUAACCGGUAAUAUUAAAUGUUCUGGUCAGUUCGUUCUUAAUGUUAUACUGUUUAUUCGUCAACGUGUAAUCAUCAAUUGUAUCUUCGUUUAAUGUCGAAUUUCAUCGCCCCCCACACGGUUUUAUGUGAAAAAAUUUUUUUGGCGGUAACUGAUUUACUUUUGACAAAUAACAAAUUAUCUAGUUUCUACUGUAUUAUAUAUAUAUAUAUAUCUUGUGGGCCUAAACAUUUUUGCUAUAAGAUAUCGAAUUAUAAUAGUAAGCUAAAUUUUCAAUGAGUGCCUAUAUUUCAAUUAUUUUAGUAGAUUUUAGAAUUAAAUAAGACUCAUCCAGGUAACAUACCUUUAGUGUAUUUUUGCAUUGACAUGUGGAAUAAUGGCAAAAGCAUUUUAAGGCCUGAAUAUAGUUUUUUUGUCUUUUCAAAAGUCUACUUCUCUACCCAAAAUCUUCUCGUGUCACGAACGAAAUGAUUGUAACGGAAAUAAUUUCAAUAAUAUUUACAAAACCCAGUAAGAUAAAUUGACUUCUGCCCUUAAUCCUCCGAGUCGCCUUAGAAUUUAGUGAGCACGUGCGAGCCGGCCAGUGAUUGUAGACUGUACAGCACUAUUUUAUUUAUGCACGUUUAACUAUUAAGAAUAACAUUGUUAGGACGGAGAAUAUUCCGAUAUUUGCCAUCAUUAUUGACAGUUUUGGUCAAUCCAUCAAGGUUUAUAGCCAUGUGACAUGUUCUGCAUUUGACACGUCAAGAAUUUUCAUUCAAAUAUUUGAAAUUCCUAUUGAUUAAAAGUGAUCUUUCCGUUUUCAAGCAAAUAAUGAAAUGUACUCAAGUAUUGAAAUAAAUGUAUUUAGCCUAGUUAUAGUUUUGAAAAUACUCAAACCAAUCCAAAGAAUUGUUGCAAUCUGAUGACAAGCUUUAGUUAGAUUAAAGAGUAAUUUUUUUGCUUUAUAUAAUAUACCUGAUCUAAGAUAUACAUUAAGUGAUAUAUUGGCAGUUUUUUUACUUUAAUUUAUUGAAAACAGUUUGCAGACAUCACACACAUAACGCUUUAACACUUAGUCUGCAAAUCUGAUUAACACACGUUAUUAUUUUUAAUAUUAAUGUAUUUAAAUGAAUGUAUUGUUUAUAAUUACAUGAUGAGAUAUAUUGAAU